GUAACGUUUACGAAUGUUCCAGGAACUGUCAGAUACUAACAAUGAUGCUGCGCCAAUUCAGUUUCCCAACCAUCUCCCUGCACUCAAUGAUGAAGCAGAGACAGCGUUUUGCCAACCUUGCAAAGUUCAAGUCUAACGUCUUUAAAAUUCUCAUAGCCACAGAUGUUGCUGCAAGGGGUUUGGAUAUUCCUACGGUGCAAGUUGUUAUCAAUCACAACUCACCGGGUUUGCCAAAAAUCUACAUCCACCGAGUGGGACGAACCGCUCGAGCUGGCCGAAAUGGUGUAGCAAUCACACUAGUCACACAGUAUGACAUCCAUCUCAUCAAUGCCAUUGAGGAACAGAUCCAGGCGAAACUAAAAGAGUUUGCUGUUGAAGAGAAAGAGGUGUUGAAGAUCCUCACGCAAGUCAAUGUAACAAGACGACAGUGUGAAAUUAGACUGGAAUCCACUGAUUUUGAUGAGAAAAAGAAGAUAAACAAAAGGAAGCAAAUGAUUCUGGAGGGAAAAGAUCCAGAUUUGGAAGAAAAAAGGAGAAACGAACAAGAAAAGAUCAGAAGAAGAAAGAAGAAACAGAACAAAAAAGAGCCGAAAAAACACGAAGCAAAAACGACAGCAGUGUACUCUUGAAGUGUUGAUAUUGUACAUUCAGAUGUGUGUAUAUAACGUAAAUGUGCUAUAAUUCAAUGUAUAAAACAAUAUCUGUGAUCAGUAUUCCAAAAUAAACCGCAUUUUAU